AUGAGCAAUAAUGCGAACGAGGAGGCGUCUCGGGCGGCGAAGCGCAAAAGAGUAACAGCGAGUUUUGAGGACAGGUCGUGGAUAUGUACAAGAGCUGAUAUCUGUUCUGACGAUAUAGGUCUCUUGCUUACCUUGCAACAAGCAACGCGCAACGAGAGCGAUUUGUGCGAGUACAAGGACGGCCACCAACCCGCUCCUGCGUCAAGUUCAUCCUCCAGCGAAGUGGAACUGUUGAAAGCACGGCUAGGGCAGCUGGAGAACCAUAUCUCUCAUCUGGUUACCCUGGUAGAUCAAAACAAUUCAGCCGCUGCCAAAUCACCCAAUACUACUACCCCUUAUAUCUCCCCUACCGCUUUUCACACCCCCUUCUCUAACUUUUCGACCUCCACCACCUCUUCCCGCCCCGCGGCCAAAGCUUCGGCGUUGGACAGAACUUUCCUUGCCCUUGACGAUUUGUCAAAAGGAUACUCACCAGCAUCAUCCAGUAAAACGGCUACUCCCGUAUCUCCGCAAGCCGUUGGUGGGGGUCCCGGCGAGCAAUGGCCGAGUGUAUUCUUGGGAACUGACAGCAAUACCAUCACAUCUAGACCCACGCAAACGUAUGAGAUUUUGUCUUCCUUACCGCCAGAGACAUUGGUAAAAGUGCUCAUUGAUUAUCAUUUCGAACACGAUGGUGUACUCUGGCACUUUGUUCAGGAAGACGUGUUCCGACUAGAGUUAGAGCAGUUCUCACGCGUACGAUUUACUACCAAUGUUCUUCUCGUUGAUCCCGCCUGGCUCGCUCUUUUGAUCGCUCUGUUGAAAGUGUCAUCCCGAUCACUGCUCUCCGACGACCUACUCACGGUGUCUCUUCUCGCGGGUGAUACCACUAUGCUGGAAGCAACGUGCAAAUCAUUGGAAGAAGCAUUCGACACCGCGCUAUAUUGUGCGAGGGCGUUGCAUAGACCUCAAAUUCGGAUUUUGCAAGCUUUAACCGUGAUGGUUAGCCAAUUGUUGGUUAUCGUAUCACAUGCUCUUAGGGGGCUAGGGGUUAGGGGUUUAGGGGUUAGGGGUUAG